AUGACUGUCAAUGAUGUUUUCUACCAAUAUGCCAUCCAGCAUGAGGAGUGUGAUAUGUUGAACAAGGCAGAGCUAAAAGAACUUUUGGAAAAUGAGUUUCAUCAGAUACUAAAGAAUUCAGAUGAUCCAGACACUGUGGAUGUCAUCAUGCAAAGUCUGGAUACAGACCACAAGAAAGUGGAUUUUACUGAGUAUCUUCUGAUGAUAUUUAAGCUGGCUCAGACUUGUAAUAAAAUCACUGGCAAAGAUUACUGCCAAGCUUCGGGGUCAAAGCAGAGAGAUCACAGUCACCAGCACCAAGAGGAACAAAGUGAAACAGAAGAGGACAAAAGGCAAGAAUCCUCUUCCAGUCAUUCAAGGUGGAGUACAGGAGAGAAUGAAGCCUACUCUGGGGACUCCAGAGGAAGCAUUAAACACAGGCCUAGAAUACUGCAACAUCAAGGAGAAUUAUCUAGCUCUGGGCACAGGCAAAGCUCAGGGGAAAGAACAAAGUCAACUUUAACCCAUUUCAAGGGUAGUGAGAAAAACAAACAUGACUCUCAUCAGCAAGAAAGGUCUGGGAAUGAAGAAAGUGGUUAUGCUCAUUCAAGUAACUAUAGAAAAAUACCAUACUCACAAAAUUGGUCAGACAGUUGUGGAGAACAAGGAGACAUAAGCCACUCAGAGGAUCAGUCUUUCCGUUAUGACCAAUACUGGCCUGACUCAAGUGAAUCCUUAGCUAAUAGACUACAUGAGAAGAAAUCAUGCCAGUACCAUGCUAAGCAGCAUCAUAUAUUCAAAUCUAGGAAUUACGGAGGAGAAGAACACUGGUCAAAUGCCAAGGAACUCAGUUGUUCUGGUCGUAAGUCUGGCUCAGGGCAGCCCUCUCAAAAGAGAUGGCAUGAACCAAAUGCUGGAACUCAAUCAGAAAACUAUGAAGAAGUAUAUUCGUCUACUUCAAGUGACUCCUCCAGUGAUGGAAAACAUAGGUCAAGCUCAGACCGCUACUCUCAUCAAACAACACAUGGAUCAAGCUUAAGUGGUCACACAGGGAAUUCGGAAAAAGAAAAACAUGGCUGUGGCUCAAGCAAGUCAUCACGUUUGGAACAAUAUGAGUCACAUUUCCCUAAGACAUCACAACAGAGAAAACAAGAAUUCAGCUCUACUCGUUUUUCCACCCACAGGCAACAAAGAUCCAGCUCAAGGGGUCAACCAGGAUAUAGUCGAAGACAAAAACGUGAUUCAGAACAAAACUGGUAUUCAAGUGAUGAAGAGUAUGGGUCUGAUUCAGGCCAGUACAGAAGAAAUGUCAAAAAAUCAUCAAGUUCCUAUCCAUCAUCCAGCCAGAGAAAACAUACCAGAAUUUCUACUCAUCAGUCAGAAAAUCAGGAAGAAAAUGAGUUACAUCAAUUCUCAAAAUAUGGCCAGGAUGAACAUGAUACACAUCAACAUUCUAAUGAAGAUAAACAUGAUUCAAGGAGAGGACACUCAUCAAAGUACGGACAAUAUAGACACAGUUCAAGUGACUCCGCCACGAGUCAUAACCGUGAUAUCCCUUCUAAUAAAAACUUUCAAUAUGGAAGACAAACCUCUGGGACAACAAACUCUACUAAACGAAGCAGAUCUGCAUCUUCAACCAGUCACUCAUCUGGAUACAACCACAAUGACUGUUACUCACGUAAUUUUAACAACCAAGAGCAGCACAGCUCUAGCUCAGAUGACUCUUCAGGCUUUGGGCAACAUGAGUCUGGCUCAGAAGAGUCUUCUGGCUUCAGUCACCGUGAAUCUAGCCAACACCGGUCCUCCAGCCAUGGUCAGCGUGGGUCUACAUCACGACAGUCCUCAAGCAGUGGCCAACAUGCCUCUAGCUCAGGUCAUUCUUCCAGCUCUGGUCAGCAUGGCUCUGGCUCAAGUCAGUCUUCUGGCUAUGGCCAACACGGCUCUGGGUCAGGCCAGUCCACUGGCCGCGGCCGACAUGGGUCUGGUUCAGGUCAGUCCUCCAGCUAUGGUCAGCAUGAGUCUGGCUCAGGUCAGUCUUCGGGCCAUGGCCGACACGGUUCUGGGUCAGGCCAGUCCACGAGCCGCGGCCGACAUGGCUCUGGGUCAGGUCAGUCUUCCAGCUAUGGCCAGCAUGGGUCGGGCUCAGCUCAGUCUUCUGGCUUUGGCCAACAUGAGUCUGGCUCUGGGGAGUCUUCCGGCUUUAGUCACCAUCAGUCUGGCAGAGGUCAAUCCUCCAGCUAUGGUCAACAUGGUUCUUCUACAUCAGGACAGUCAUCAAGAGGUGGCCAACAUGGAUCCAGCUCAAGUCAGUCUUCUGGCUCCAGUCAGCACGGUGCUGCUGGUUGCAGUCAAUCUUCUGGCUCUGGCAGACACGGGUCUGGGACAGGACAGUCUACUAGCCGCGGCCGACAUGGGUCUGGUUCAGGUCAGUCUUCCAGCUAUGGUCAGCACGAGGCCGGCUCAAGCCAGUCUACUAGCCGCGGCCGACACGGGUCUGGUUCAGGUCAGUCUUCCAGCUACGGGCAGGGUGAGUCUGGCUCAGGUCGCUCUUCCGGCUACGGGCAACAUGGCUCUGGCUCAGGUCAUCAGUCUUCUAGCUAUGGGCAACAUGGGUCUAGCUCAGGCCAGUCUACUGGCCGCGGCCGACAUGGCUCUGGCUCAGGUCAGUCUUCCAGCUAUGGUCAGCAUGAGUCCGGCUCAAGUCACUCUUCGGGCUAUGGCCAACAUGGGUCUGGGUCAGGCGCGUCUUCUAGCCGCCGCCGACAUGGGUCAGGUUCAGGUCAGUCUUCCAGCUACGGGCAGGGUGAGUCUGGCUCAGGUCACUCUUCCGGCUACGGGCAACAUGGCUCUGGCUCGGGUCAGUCCUCUGGCUUUGGCCAACAUGAGUCUGGCUCAGAAGAGUCUUCUGGCUUCAGUCAUUCUUCCAGCUCUGGUCAGCAUGGCUCUGGCUCAAGUCAGUCUUCUGGCUAUGGCCAACACGGCUCUGGGUCAGGCCAGUCCACUGGCCGCGGCCGACAUGGGUCUGGUUCAGGUCAGUCCUCCAGCUAUGGUCAGCAUGAGUCUGGCUCAGGUCAGUCUUCGGGCCAUGGCCGACACGGUUCUGGGUCAGGCCAGUCCACGAGCCGCGGCCGACAUGGCUCUGGGUCAGGUCAGUCUUCCAGCUAUGGCCAGCAUGGGUCGGGCUCAGCUCAGUCUUCUGGCUUUGGCCAACAUGAGUCUGGCUCUGGGGAGUCUUCCGGCUUUAGUCACCAUCAGUCUGGCAGAGGUCAAUCCUCCAGCUAUGGUCAACAUGGUUCUUCUACAUCAGGACACUCAAGUCACCAUGGCCAACAUGGGUCGACCUCAGGGCAGUCCUCAGGCAGCGGCAGACAUGCCUCUAGCUCAGGUCAUUCUUCCAGCUCUGGUCAGCACGGCUCUGGCUCAAGUCAGUCUUCUAGCUAUGGGCAACAUGGGUCUAGCUCAGGCCAGUCUACUGGCCGCGGCCGACAUGGCUCUGGCUCAGGUCAGUCUUCCAGCUAUGGUCAGCAUGAGUCCGGCUCAAGUCACUCUUCGGGCUAUGGCCAACAUGGGUCUGGGUCAGGCGCGUCUUCUAGCCGCCGCCGACAUGGGUCAGGUUCAGGUCAGUCUUCCAGCUACGGGCAGGGUGAGUCUGGCUCAGGUCACUCUUCCGGCUACGGGCAACAUGGCUCUGGCUCGGGUCAUCAGUCUUCUGGCUAUGGCCAACACGGCUCUGGGUCAGGCCAGUCCACUGGCCGCGGCCGACAUGGGUCUGGUUCAGGUCAGUCCUCCAGCUAUGGUCAGCAUGAGUCUGGCUCAGGUCAGUCUUCGGGCCAUGGCCGACACGGUUCUGGGUCAGGCCAGUCCACGAGCCGCGGCCGACAUGGCUCUGGGUCAGGUCAGUCUUCCAGCUAUGGCCAGCAUGGGUCGGGCUCAGCUCAGUCUUCUGGCUUUGGCCAACAUGAGUCUGGCUCUGGGGAGUCUUCCGGCUUUAGUCACCAUCAGUCUGGCAGAGGUCAAUCCUAUGGCCAACAUGGGUCGACCUCAGGGCAGUCCUCAGGCAGCGGCAGACAUGCCUCUAGCUCAGGUCAUUCUUCCAGCUCUGGUCAGCACGGCUCUGGCUCAAGUCAGUCUUCUAGCUAUGGGCAACAUGGGUCUAGCUCAGGCCAGUCUACUGGCCGCGGCCGACAUGGCUCUGGCUCAGGUCAGUCUUCGGGCCAUGGCCGACACGGUUCUGGGUCAGGCCAGUCCACGAGCCGCGGCCGACAUGGCUCUGGGUCAGGUCAGUCUUCCAGCUAUGGCCAGCAUGGGUCGGGCUCAGCUCAGUCUUCUGGCUUUGGCCAACAUGAGUCUGGCUCUGGGGAGUCUUCCGGCUUUAGUCACCAUCAGUCUGGCAGAGGUCAAUCCUCCAGCUAUGGUCAACAUGGUUCUUCUACAUCAGGACAGUCAUCAAGAGGUGGCCAACAUGGAUCCAGCUCAAGUCAGUCUUCCAGCUAUGGUCAGCACGAGGCCGGCUCAAGUCAGUCUUCGUCGGGCUACGGCCAACAUGGGUCUGGAUCAGGCCAGUCUACUAGCCGCGGCCGACACGGGUCUGGUUCAGGUCAGUCUUCCAGCUACGGGCAGGGUGAGUCUGGCUCAGGUCGCUCUUCCGGCUACGGGCAACAUGGCUCUGGCUCAGGUCAGUCUUCCGGCUUUGGCCAACAUGAGUCUGGCUCACAAGAGUCGUCUGGCUUAGGUCACCGUGGAUCUGGCCAGCACCGAUCCUCCAGCCAUGGCCAACAUGGGUCGACCUCAGGGCAGUCCUCAGGCAGCGGCAGACAUGCCUCUAGCUCAGGUCAUUCUUCCAGCUCUGGUCAGCACGGCUCUGGCUCAAGUCAGUCUUCUAGCUAUGGGCAACAUGGGUCUAGCUCAGGCCAGUCUACUGGCCGCGGCCGACAUGGCUCUGGCUCAGGUCAGUCUUCCAGCUAUGGUCAGCAUGAGUCCGGCUCAAGUCACUCUUCGGGCUAUGGCCAACAUGGGUCUGGGUCAGGCGCAUCUUCUAGCCGCCGCCGACAUGGGUCAGGUUCAGGUCAGUCUUCCAGCUACGGGCAGGGUGAGUCUGGCUCAGGUCACUCUUCCGGCUACGGGCAACAUGGCUCUGGCUCGGGCCAGUCCACUGGCCGCGGCCGACAUGGGUCUGGUUCAGGUCAGUCCUCCAGCUAUGGUCAGCAUGAGUCUGGCUCAGGUCAGUCUUCGGGCCAUGGCCGACACGGUUCUGGGUCAGGCCAGUCCACGAGCCGCGGCCGACAUGGCUCUGGGUCAGGUCAGUCUUCCAGCUAUGGCCAGCAUGGGUCGGGCUCAGCUCAGUCUUCUGGCUUUGGCCAACAUGAGUCUGGCUCUGGGGAGUCUUCCGGCUUUAGUCACCAUCAGUCUGGCAGAGGUCAAUCCUCCAGCUAUGGUCAACAUGGUUCUUCUACAUCAGGACAUCAAUCUUCUGGCUCUGGCAGACACGGGUCUGGGACAGGACAGUCUACUAGCCGCGGCCGACAUGGGUCUGGUUCAGGUCAGUCUUCCAGCUAUGGUCAGCACGAGGCCGGCUCAAGUCAGUCUUCGUCGGGCUACGGCCAACAUGGGUCUGGAUCAGGCCAGUCUACUAGCCGCGGCCGACACGGGUCUGGUUCAGGUCAGUCUUCCAGCUACGGGCAGGGUGAGUCUGGCUCAGGUCGCUCUUCCGGCUACGGGCAACAUGGCUCUGGCUCAGGUCAGUCUUCCGGCUUUGGCCAACAUGAGUCUGGCUCACAAGAGUCGUCUGGCUUAGGUCACCGUGGAUCUGGCCAGCACCGAUCCUCCAGCCAUGGCCAACAUGGGUCGACCUCAGGGCAGUCCUCAGGCAGCGGCAGACAUGCCUCUAGCUCAGGUCAUUCUUCCAGCUCUGGUCAGCACGGCUCUGGCUCAAGUCAGUCUUCUAGCUAUGGGCAACAUGGGUCUAGCUCAGGCCAGUCUACUGGCCGCGGCCGACAUGGCUCUGGCUCAGGUCAGUCUUCCAGCUAUGGUCAGCAUGGGUCAGGUUCAGGUCAGUCUUCCAGCUACGGGCAGGGUGAGUCUGGCUCAGGUCACUCUUCCGGCUACGGGCAACAUGGCUCUGGCUCGGGUCAGUCCUCUGGCUUUGGCCAACAUGCCUCUAGCUCAGGUCAUUCUUCCAGCUCUGGUCAGCAUGGCUCUGGCUCAAGUCAGUCUUCUGGCUAUGGCCAACACGGCUCUGGGUCAGGCCAGUCCACUGGCCGCGGCCGACAUGGGUCUGGUUCAGGUCAGUCCUCCAGCUAUGGUCAGCAUGAGUCUGGCUCAGGUCAGUCUUCGGGCCAUGGCCGACACGGUUCUGGGUCAGGCCAGUCCACGAGCCGCGGCCGACAUGGCUCUGGGUCAGGUCAGUCUUCCAGCUAUGGCCAGCAUGGGUCGGGCUCAGCUCAGUCUUCUGGCUUUGGCCAACAUGAGUCUGGCUCUGGGGAGUCUUCCGGCUUUAGUCACCAUCAGUCUGGCAGAGGUCAAUCCUCCAGCUAUGGUCAACAUGGUUCUUCUACAUCAGGACAGUCAUCAAGAGGUGGCCAACAUGGAUCCAGCUCAAGUCAGUCUUCCGGCUCCGGUCAGCACGGUGCUGCUGGUUGCAGUCAAUCUUCUGGCUCUGGCAGACACGGGUCUGGGACAGGACAGUCUACUAGCCGCGGCCGACAUGGGUCUGGUUCAGGUCAUCAGUCUUCGUCGGGCUACGGCCAACAUGGGUCUGGAUCAGGCCAGUCUACUAGCCGCGGCCGACACGGGUCUGGUUCAGGUCAGUCUUCCAGCUACGGGCAGGGUGAGUCUGGCUCAGGUCGCUCUUCCGGCUACGGGCAACAUGGCUCUGGCUCAGGUCACCAUGGCCAACAUGGGUCGACCUCAGGGCAGUCCUCAGGCAGCGGCAGACAUGCCUCUAGCUCAGGUCAUUCUUCCAGCUCUGGUCAGCACGGCUCUGGCUCAAGUCAGUCUUCUAGCUAUGGGCAACAUGGGUCUAGCUCAGGCCAGUCUACUGGCCGCGGCCGACAUGGCUCUGGCUCAGGUCAGUCUUCCAGCUAUGGUCAGCAUGAGUCCGGCUCAAGUCACUCUUCGGGCUAUGGCCAACAUGGGUCUGGGUCAGGCGCGUCUUCUAGCCGCCGCCGACAUGGGUCAGGUUCAGGUCAGUCUUCCAGCUACGGGCAGGGUGAGUCUGGCUCAGGUCACUCUUCCGGCUACGGGCAACAUGGCUCUGGCUCGGGUCAUCAGUCUUCUGGCUAUGGCCAACACGGCUCUGGGUCAGGCCAGUCCAGUGGCCGCGGCCGACAUGGGUCUGGUUCAGGUCAGUCCUCCAGCUAUGGUCAGCAUGAGUCUGGCUCAGGUCAGUCUUCGGGCCAUGGCCGACACGGUUCUGGGUCAGGCCAGUCCACGAGCCGCGGCCGACAUGGCUCUGGGUCAGGUCAGUCUUCCAGCUAUGGCCAGCAUGGGUCGGGCUCAGCUCAGUCUUCUGGCUUUGGCCAACAUGAGUCUGGCUCUGGGGAGUCUUCCGGCUUUAGUCACCAUCAGUCUGGCAGAGGUCAAUCCUCCAGCUAUGGUCAACAUGGUUCUUCUACAUCAGGACACUCAGGUCAUUCUUCCAGCUCUGGUCAGCAUGGCUCUGGCUCAAGUCAGUCUUCUGGCUAUGGCCAACACGGCUCUGGGUCAGGCCAGUCCACUGGCCGCGGCCGACAUGGGUCUGGUUCAGGUCAGUCCUCCAGCUAUGGUCAGCAUGAGUCUGGCUCAGGUCAGUCUUCGGGCCAUGGCCGACACGGUUCUGGGUCAGGCCAGUCCACGAGCCGCGGCCGACAUGGCUCUGGGUCAGGUCAGUCUUCCAGCUAUGGCCAGCAUGGGUCGGGCUCAGCUCAGUCUUCUGGCUUUGGCCAACAUGAGUCUGGCUCUGGGGAGUCUUCCGGCUUUAGUCACCAUCAGUCUGGCAGAGGUCAAUCCUCCAGCUAUGGUCAACAUGGUUCUUCUACAUCAGGACAGUCAUCAAGAGGUGGCCAACAUGGAUCCAGCUCAAGUCAGUCUUCCGGCUCCGGUCAGCACGGUGCUGCUGGUUGCAGUCAAUCUUCUGGCUCUGGCAGACACGGGUCCGGGACAGGACAGUCUACUAGCCGCGGCCGACAUGGGUCUGGUUCAGGUCAGUCUUCCAGCUAUGGUCAGCACGAGGCCGGCUCAAGUCAGUCUUCGUCGGGCUACGGCCAACAUGGGUCUGGAUCAGGCCAGUCUACUAGCCGCGGCCGACACGGGUCUGGUUCAGGUCAGUCUUCCAGCUACGGGCAGGGUGAGUCUGGCUCAGGUCGCUCUUCCGGCUACGGGCAACAUGGCUCUGGCUCAGCCAUGGCCAACAUGGGUCGACCUCAGGGCAGUCCUCAGGCAGCGGCAGACAUGCCUCUAGCUCAGGUCAUUCUUCCAGCUCUGGUCAGCACGGCUCUGGCUCAAGUCAGUCUUCUAGCUAUGGGCAACAUGGGUCUAGCUCAGGCCAGUCUACUGGCCGCGGCCGACAUGGCUCUGGCUCAGGUCAGUCUUCCAGCUAUGGUCAGCAUGAGUCCGGCUCAAGUCACUCUUCGGGCUAUGGCCAACAUGGGUCUGGGUCAGGCGCGUCUUCUAGCCGCCGCCGACAUGGGUCAGGUUCAGGUCAGUCUUCCAGCUACGGGCAGGGUGAGUCUGGCUCAGGUCACUCUUCCGGCUACGGGCAACAUGGCUCUGGCUCGGGUCAGUCCUCUGGCUUUGGCCAACAUGAGUCUGGCUCAGAAGAGUCUUCUGGCUUCAGUCACCGUGAAUCUAGCCAACACCGGUCCUCCAGCCAUGGUCAGCGUGGGUCUACAUCACGACAGUCCUCAAGCAGUGGCCAACAUGCCUCUAGCUCAGGUCAUUCUUCCAGCUCUGGUCAGCAUGGCUCUGGCUCAAGUCAGUCUUCUGGCUAUGGCCAACACGGCUCUGGGUCAGGCCAGUCCACUGGCCGCGGCCGACAUGGGUCUGGUUCAGGUCAGUCCUCCAGCUAUGGUCAGCAUGAGUCUGGCUCAGGUCAGUCUUCGGGCCAUGGCCGACACGGUUCUGGGUCAGGCCAGUCCACGAGCCGCGGCCGACAUGGCUCUGGGUCAGGUCAGUCUUCCAGCUAUGGCCAGCAUGGGUCGGGCUCAGCUCAGUCUUCUGGCUUUGGCCAACAUGAGUCUGGCUCUGGGGAGUCUUCCGGCUUUAGUCACCAUCAGUCUGGCAGAGGUCAAUCCUCCAGCUAUGGUCAACAUGGUUCUUCUACAUCAGGACAGUCAUCAAGAGGUGGCCAACAUGGAUCCAGCUCAAGUCAGUCUUCCGGCUCCGGUCAGCACGGUGCUGCUGGUUGCAGUCAAUCUUCUGGCUCUGGCAGACACGGGUCCGGGACAGGACAGUCUACUAGCCGCGGCCGACAUGGGUCUGGUUCAGGUCAGUCUUCCAGCUAUGGUCAGCACGAGGCCGGCUCAAGUCAGUCUUCGUCGGGCUACGGCCAACAUGGGUCUGGAUCAGGCCAGUCUACUAGCCGCGGCCGACACGGGUCUGGUUCAGGUCAGUCUUCCAGCUACGGGCAGGGUGAGUCUGGCUCAGGUCGCUCUUCCGGCUACGGGCAACAUGGCUCUGGCUCAGGUCAGUCUUCCGGCUUUGGCCAACAUGAGUCUGGCUCACAAGAGUCGUCUGGCUUAG